AUGUCUGACUCAGUAAUUCUUCGCAGUGUGAAGAAAUUUGGAGAGGACAAUUAUGGUUUAGAGUCAGAAAGAUUCUAUAACAAUGAUAAGAAUUCAAGGUUACAAGAUGAGAGGAAAGGUGACAGCAGUCCAGUUGGCUUCUUUCAAUUGUUUCGGUUCUCUUCAACGACUGACAUUUGGCUGAUGUUUGUGGGAAGUUUAUGUGCAUUUCUCCAUGGACUAUCCCAUCCAGGCGUGCUGCUCAUUUUUGGCACAAUGACAGAUGUUUUUAUUGAAUAUGACACUGAAUUACAACAACUCAAGAUCCCUGGAAAAGCAUGUGUGAACAACACUAUAGUAUGGCUCAACAGCUCCCUUAACCAGAAUGUGACAAAUGGAACUCAGUGUGGGUUGCUGGACAUUGAAAGUGAAAUGAUCAAAUUUGCCAGUUACUAUGCUGGGAUCGCUUUGGUAGUACUUAUCACAGGAUAUAUUCAAAUAUGCUUUUGGGUGAUUGCUGCAGCUCGUCAGAUACAGAAAAUGAGAAAAAUUUCCUUUAGGAAAGUAAUGCGAAUGGAAAUAGGAUGGUUCGACUGCAAUUCCGUGGGAGAGCUGAAUACAAGAUUUUCUGAGGAUAUUAACAAAGUCAAUGAUGCCAUUGCCGACCAAAUGGCCAUUUUCAUUCAGCGCAUGACCACGAGCAUCUGUGGGUUCCUGCUGGGAUUUUACCAGGGUUGGAAACUGACCCUGGUCAUUAUCUCUGUGAGUCCUCUCAUCGGGAUUGGAGCAGCCAUCAUUGGUCUGAGUGUGUCCAAGUUUACUGACUAUGAAUUGAAGGCCUACGCCAGAGCAGGGUCAGUGGCUGAUGAAGUCAUUUCAUCUAUGCGAACGGUGGCUGCUUUUGGUGGUGAAAAAAAAGAGGUUGAAAGGUACGAGAAAAAUCUUGUGUUUGCCCAGCGUUGGGGAAUUAGAAAAGGGAUCGUGAUGGGAUUCUUUACUGGAUUCAUGUGGUGUCUCAUCUUCCUCUGUUAUGCACUGGCCUUCUGGUAUGGCUCCAAACUUGUCCUAGAGGAUGGAGAAUAUACGCCAGGAACCCUUGUCCAGAUUUUCCUCAGUAUUCUAUUAGGAGCUUUAAAUCUUGGCAAUGCAUCUUCUUGUCUGGAAGCCUUUGCGACUGGGCGUGCAGCGGCCACCAGCAUUUUUCAGACAAUAGACCGGAAACCCAUCAUUGACUGCAUGUCAGAGGAGGGUUACAAGUUGGAUCGAAUUAAGGGCGAAAUUGAAUUCCAUAAUGUGACCUUCCACUACCCUUCCAGACCAGAGGUGAAGAUUUUAGAUAACCUCAGCAUGGUCGUUAAAUCAGGGGAAAUGACAGCUGUGGUAGGAUCCAGUGGAUCCGGGAAAAGUACAGCCUUGCAGCUUAUUCAGCGUUUCUACGACCCCAGUGAAGGCAUGGUGACUUUAGAUGGCCAUGACCUUCGCUCUCUUAACAUUCAGUGGCUUAGAGCUCAGAUUGGGUUGGUGGAGCAAGAGCCCGUUCUGUUCUCCACCACCAUUGCAGAGAACAUUCGUUAUGGCAGAGAGGACGCAACAAUGGAAGAUAUAGUUCGAGCUGCCAAGGCAGCCAAUGCCUACAGCUUCAUCAUGGAUCUGCCACAGCAAUUUGACACUCUUGUCGGAGAGGGAGGAGGCCAGAUGAGUGGUGGCCAGAAACAAAGAGUGGCCAUUGCCAGAGCCCUUGUCCGAAACCCCAAGAUCCUGCUUUUGGACAUGGCCACCUCGGCACUGGACAACGAGAGUGAAGCCAUGGUACAAGAGGCACUGAGUAAGAUUCAGCAGGGACAUACGAUCAUUUCAGUUGCUCAUCGCCUGUCCACAGUCAGAGCUGCAGAUGUCAUUAUUGGUUUUGAACAUGGUACAGCAGUGGAAAGAGGCACCCAUGAGGAACUGUUGGAACGGAAAGGAGUCUACUUCACUCUAGUGACUUUGCAGAGUCAAGGUGAUCAGGCUGCUAACGUAGAAGGCAUAAAAGGAGAAGAUAAAAUGGACGGGGCCUCACUUGACAACAAACAGACCUUUUGCAGAGGGAGCUACCAGGCUAGUUUAAGAGCUUCAAUCCGAGAACGCUCCAAGUCUCAGCUUUCUUACUUGGUACAUGAACCUCCAUUAGCUGUUGUAGAUCAUAAGUCUACUUAUGAAGAAGACAGAAAGGACAAGGACAUUCCUGUGGAAGAAGAAAUUGAACCGGCCCCAGUUAGGAGGAUUCUGAAAUUCAAUGCUCCAGAGUGGCCCUACAUGCUGGUAGGGGCGGUGGGUGCCGCUGUCAAUGGGUCGGUCACACCACUCUAUGCCUUUUUAUUCAGCCAGAUUCUUGGGACUUUUUCACUUCCUGAUAAAGAAGAACAAAGGUCACAGAUCAAUGGUGUGUGCCUGCUCUUUGUAGUAGUGGGCUGUGUAUCCUUUUGCACUCAGUUUCUGCAGGAAUAUGCUUUUGCUAAAUCUGGAGAACUUCUUACAAAAAGACUACGUAAAUUUGGUUUCAGAGCAAUGUUAGGGCAAGACAUUGGCUGGUUUGAUGACCUCAGAAAUAGUCCUGGGGCACUAACAACAAGGCUUGCUACAGAUGCCUCCCAAGUUCAAGGGGCAACCGGCUCUCAAAUCGGAAUGAUGGUCAAUUCCUUCACGAACGUCACUGUGGCCAUGAUCAUUGCCUUCUUCUUUAGCUGGAAGCUAAGCCUGGUCAUAAUGUGCUUCUUUCCCUUCUUGGCUUUAUCGGGAGCCAUACAGACCAGAAUGUUGACAGGAUUUGCCUCUCAAGACAAGGAGGCUCUGGAGAUCGCUGGCCAGAUUACGAAUGAAGCCCUCAGUAAUAUCCGCACUGUUGCUGGGAUUGGAAAGGAGAGGCAGUUUAUUGAAGCAUUUGAGGUUGAGCUGGAGAAGCCAUUCAAGACUGCCUUUCGAAAAGCGAAUGUUUAUGGAUUAUGCUUUGGUUUUUCCCAGUGCAUGGUGUUUGUUGCUAAUUCUGCUUCCUACAGAUAUGGAGGUUACUUAAUCCCCAACGAAGGGCUCCAUUUCACCUAUGUGUUCAGGGUGAUCUCUUCAGUUGUAUUGAGUGCAACAGCUCUUGGAAGAGCCUCCUCUUACACCCCUAGUUAUGCCAAAGCCAAGAUAUCAGCUGCACGCUUUUUUCAACUGCUGGACCGACACCCCCCAAUCAAGGUGUACAGUAGUGCAGGUGAAAAGUGGGACAACUUCCAGGGCCAGAUUGACUUUGUUGACUGUAAAUUUACAUAUCCUUCUCGACCUGAUAUACAAGUUCUGAACGGUCUCUCAGUAUCGGUUCGUCCAGGUCAAACGCUGGCCUUUGUUGGAAGCAGUGGAUGUGGCAAAAGCACGAGUAUUCAGCUGUUGGAGCGUUUCUAUGAUCCUGACCAAGGGGAGGUGAUGAUAGAUGGGCAUGACAGCAAAAAAGUCAAUGUCCAGUUUCUCCGCUCGAACAUUGGGAUUGUUUCCCAGGAGCCAGUGUUGUUUGCCUGUAGCAUCAUGGACAAUAUCAAGUAUGGAGACAACACCAAAGAAAUCCCCAAGGAAGAAGUCAUAGAAGCCGCAAAGCAGGCACAGCUGCAUGACUUCAUCAUGUCCCUCCCAGAGAAAUAUGAAACUAAUGUUGGGGCCCAAGGGUCUCAACUAUCUCGAGGAGAGAAACAACGUAUUGCUAUUGCUCGGGCCAUUGUACGAGAUCCUAAAAUCUUGCUACUAGAUGAAGCUACUUCUGCCUUAGACACAGAAAGUGAAAAGAUGGUGCAGGCCGCCCUGGACAAAGCCAGAGAAGGUCGGACCUGCAUUGUCAUCGCUCAUCGUUUGUCUACCAUCCAAAACUCAGAUAUCAUUGCUGUCAUGUCACAGGGGAAAGUGAUUGAAAAGGGGACCCAUGAAGAACUGAUGGGCCAGAAAGGAGCCUACUACAAACUCGUCACCACAGGAGCCCCCAUCAGUUGAGCUGACUCAAGAACGUCGUGUACAGAUGAGGCACCAAUUACAGGAGGGCCGUGGGUUUUUUUUUUUUUUCCUUUAAGGAGAAAUGAUAAUAUUUUACUUUUACAGACAUUGUCAUACACUCAGAUCCAAGCUAAUUUCUAAUGACCUUCAAUAAUAUCUUAGUUUUAAAAAUCUGUAUAUAGAAAAUGAAAGAAACUAGGGUUAGUGUGAGUGAGAAUCCAAUGUCAAGCAGGUGCUCAGCCAUUACCCAGUGGCUUUCUCCAUGCAGAAGCCAGCCCCAGUUACUACAUGGGAAUCAACAAGAAGUCACAGAGUAAAUGAGACUUUGAAUUCCUCAAGGCAGAGGACUAUCCUUCGAAUUUUUGAAACUUCAGUGUACACAGAGCCUAGUGCACUUACAAUAGGCACUCAACGCCUGUUUAUCAAGCUGGACCAAGGUCAUAUGUGAAGAGAACAGGAGGACUGACAACCAACUAUUUCUUGACUAAAAGUUUUCUUGCAA